AUGCUUCCAAAUGCAGAUACAACCCAAUCUUCGCCCCCUCCAUCAUACUUUCCUGGUUUAAGGCCCAAUUGGCCCUGGGGCCGCAAUGGCUUGGAUUGCACGGAGGAAGACAAUACUGACGAAGCCCUAUCAUCCAUCAGCCUACAAAUCAGUGCUGCCGUUGAGAUUUCGGGUGACAACAACUGCGUUAGUAUCUCUGAGUCGCCUGCUGAUCAAGCUAAUGCUAUUGCUCGUGCUGUUCUGAAUACCAUCAAGGAGAAUAGUUCUGGUCAGUGCGGCAUUCCCAUGGUUGAUGAAGAUGGCCGACCACGACCUAUCAAAAUUAAAGUGGAUGCAAGUACGGAGGUUGUCGGAACCGAUAAUGUUGUUGGCCAUGGGGAAAUUAUCAUUGGGGAAUCCAGGAGAGGAAGGCAGUUUGAUGAUGAGCUGCUACAUCGGCCUGCGAAGCGCAGACGAGAUGAUGGACCCUCGUCUUCAUCCUCAUAG